AUGGAUGAGGUUUUCAACCCAUCUCGUCAUUGGAAGCUACUGAUACACCGGCCGCGCCAUGUUGGCAUCUCAGUCUCCCCACUGGACUUCGGUCCGUACGUCAUGCAGAGCACCUUGCUGCUGGUUGCACCGGCUCUCUUCGCUGCGAGCAUAUACAUGGAGUUGUGUCAGAUCAUUGCCCUCGUGAAAUGGGGAGAGUUGGCAAUCAUCCGGGUGGGCUGGAUGACCAACAUAUUUGUUGCCGGAGAUAUGCUCAGCUUCUUGAUGCAAGUGUCGGGGGCGGGAAUCAUGGUCAAUGGCUCCCGGAGUAUGGGACAACAAAUCAUCGUGGGUGGUCUGAUCGUGCAGAUUGCUUUCUUCAGUUUCUUUGUCGUGAGCGCGCUGGUUGUCCUGGCUUGCAUAGCAAGUCGGCCAGCUGAGGAGUCGCGGUAUCCCUUGAUUCCCUGGAGGAAGCAUAUGUUCGCCUUGUACAGCUCGCGUGUUCUGAUCAUCGUCCGAUCGGUCUGUCGUGUAGUCGAGUAUAUAGAGGGCUCGGAUGGGUUCCUCCUGCAGCAUGAAGUGUUCAUUUACGUGCUGGAAGGACUGCUGGCGUUGUCCGUGUUGAUCGUUUUCGCUGCUAUCCAUCCGAGAGAAUUGGAGCUGUCGUCGCUUGUAAAUGUCCAGUUAUUGAAUCAAUGA